UUAAGUGGUAUUAAAACUACACUUUACCGUAUUUGUCGCAUUUAAAUUUGAAGUUAUGAGCAAAUACUAAAUAUUCUAGCAAAUUUUGAAUAUAUGAUGGAGGGAAGUAGACUUUCAAAGCUUUCAAAAACAUACUACAUUUCUUUGGCUAUAUGUAAAACAAUCUGCAGCGUUGGUGUACCCCCCAAUAAUCAAAACCAGCAAAUGCAACCCCCUGGAACUCCAAAAAUGAGUUUAGACCUCAAGCCCCACAAUGCUCAACCAAAAGUUACCCCCUUGUAUACGACUAACUUGAUUCUUAGUUUUGCAGAAUGGGCGCUUUAUAUCAUAUAAGAAAGUGGGAGACUUGUAGAUAAUACCCAGCAAUCUUUAAAAAAAAACACGCAUACGUGUUAUGCAUCUUAAAUGAAAAGCAGACUCGAAAUUGCACUUGUGAUUUACCGUCGCAUUCUAGCGUACAGACGUUUGCUGAACUUGGGACUUCAGAUUUACCCGGAAGGCGAUUGCUUUGCAGCAUAACUGGCAAAGCACGAAUUAAAGCAGGCCAUAUUGUUUUUAUGGCAAAGAUAUGUGCCGGUAGAAAUUUAAGAACUUUGCAACAGUCAAGGUAUAUCAUCCAAGUUAUGGGUGACGCGACACCGAAAGCGCCUCCGGCGAAAACGGUGCUUUUCCAGCAGCAGCGGCCCGGCGGACUGACGUACAGGAUCCCGUCUCUGACCUACAUAAAGGACGGGGAUGAGCGCAUCCUCCUAGCCAUUGCGGAAAAGCGGUCCACUCCAUGUGACACCGACGCAGAAAUCCUGGUCAUGCGAAAAGGGAAGUUGCAUUUAAACGGAACGGCAGAGUGGUCAUCCAUUCGGGAACUGAGUUCAGCGAGCCUGCCGAAGCAUCGCACCAUGAACCCCUGCGUAGUACGUGAAAAAAUAUCGGAAACUCUCUUCCUUUUUUUUAUUUGCAUUCCGAAGAAUGUAUCAGAAACCCAACAGAUAUGCAGAGGUAAAAAUGCAGCCAGGCUCUGCUAUAUAUCCAGCACAGACAAGGGGGAGAACUGGAGUAAAGUAACAGACUUGACAGAGAGUGUGAUUGGAAGACAGAUUCACAGGUGGGCAACUUUUGCUGUUGGACCAGGACACGGCCUACAGCUUCUGAGUAGCGGCAAAUUGAUUGUGCCUGCAUACGUUUACUACAUCCACUGCAAGUGCUGCUGCUAUCCUUGCCCAAAAUAUAUAAGGCCACAUGCCUUUUAUUUCUACAGUGAAGACAGAGGUGAGACUUGGCAUAUCAGCAAGCCUGUGAAGAAGAACUCUGCAGAGUGUGAAGUCGCCGAGAUCAUUGAUGGCAGCGCCAAUAGCCAUGUGUAUUGUAAUGCCCGCAGUUCAAAGGGUCACAGAGUGGAGGCUGUUGGAGAGAGCGACAGGGCUGACUUUGACAGGUGCAAUUCGGCACGGGCACUUGUGGAACAGCACCACGGGUGUCAAGGUAGCGUGAUUGGGUUCCCUGCACCGAACACGGACCAAGGCGGCGAUAUGCAGACAUGGCUGCUGUUUUCUCACCCCACCAACUGCAAGAAGAGAAAGGACUUGGGUGUGUAUGUGAACAGGAAGCCACUUUGCCCGUCUGACUGGCAGAAGCCCUGGAUCAUCUGUCCUGGCCCCAGUGCUUACUCUGACUUGACCUACUGUGCAGAUUUGGGAUUAUUUGCCUGUUUGCUAGAAUGUGGCCAGAAGCAUGAGAAUGAGCAGAUUGCUUUCGUAAGUUUCCCACUUCAUGAUGUGUUGGAGGCAACUGAUAACUAACCUACAGGUAUAACUAACCUACAGGUAUAACUAACCUACAGGUAUAACUAACCUACAGGUAUAACUAACCUACAGGUAUAACUAACCUACAGGUAUAACUAACCUAUGGAUCAUGGCUUUUAAGGAUUUCAGUAAUUUUAUGCCCACUUGACCCUGACCAGGAUAAAUGUAUGUAUAUGUAUGUUUGGAUGUGUCUAGUUUAACUUUUAGGGUCCACAAGCAGAAUUAUUAGUGAAAUACUGGAUAAACUACAAAGUUAAUUGGCUUUGCUGUGUUAUGAAUAUUAUGCAACUUGGAAGUAAUAGGACAGGAUACCAGAUCACUGUAUUUUAAGCUAUAAUGUACUGUACCAGUUUGAGUGCACUCACUGGAAACGUUUUCAUAAUAUUUUUCUGUAAAAACUAGAAAUUGAAAAAACACAUUAAAACAAACAUGCAGCACCA